CUUUAUAUGCAAAUAUAAAUAUAAUUAUUUGCAAAAGUCGACUUCAAUCAUUAUGAACGGGACAGUCCUCGAUCACCGAAGUGCUGAUCCGAACGAGUUCAAAUAUUCGACUUUUCUGUCAUUUCAUUUGUAAACGUUCGUUAAUUUGCGCGAUAAUACAAGUUACAAUGGACGUGUAAACGAAAUAACGUCGCGACUUUCUCUUAAUUGUAAUAAUAGUGUUAAAACGAAAACACACGCGCAACGAAAGAGGAAAAAUAAUCAUAUGCUGGAUAUAAACCUGAAAUAAAAGAUGUCACUAACGUGGAGCACGUUGCCGCUUCUUCCUCUGAGGUGCAUACUGCAUCACCUCAGCACGGAGGAUGCCAUGGCUGCCAUGUCCACCUGCCGGCACUGGAGGUCCGCUCUCUAUAUGUAUGAAGGACGCAAAGAACUCCUGAAACUAAAAGCCAAAUAUCUGGAACAGUGUUUGUUCCUGACUCGCGUCUUCAAGAAACACGUGAAGAAGCUGCAUAUUUAUUUAGACUGCAAUGAGCCCGAGAUCGACAAGUUCAUGACUUACGUGCUUAUGCAAUAUUUUGACACAGUAAAGCUACAAGAAUUAGUAUUCAUAGGGCCAAGCUACGUGCAGCAAAGCAUGCAUCUGCCAUUUAUUAAACUUAGAAGGAUGCUAAUCGAGACGUUGGUGUUCAAAAACGUGAAAUGCAUAAAGAAGCUGAGUUUCAUGGGCUGCGGCAUGGCAGCAGUCAGGAAUGAUAACGAGAGAUAUUCUCACAAGGCUUUAGAGCUUUACGCGCGACCGCUGAAGUUCUGCAGCGUGCAAACAGCAGCAGACACUGUUUUGUCAAGUGUCAACCAGCAACUUAUGCAGAUAUCUUCAUUAACUCACGUGGCAGUAGACUACGAACAAAUCAGCACGGUGGCGCUACAGACGCUGUCCAAGCUACCCCACUUCCGUUUCCUGACGCUGAACAUCACGAACCGUCGCUUCACGCUGCGCCCCAUCGACUGGGACAUACUGCACGACUACUACCGCUGCCAGCUCAGAGUCGCUAUUAACAUUACGCUGUCCAAAUUACCGCACUUCCGUUUCCUGACGCUGAACAUCACGAACCGUCGCUUCACGCUGCGCCCCAUCGACUGGGACAUACUGCACGACUACUACCGCUGCCAGCUCAGGGUCGCUAUUAAUAUUACUGGAAGCCAACCUCUACUUAGUUGGGAAAAGGCUCGGGAGAUGAUGAUCAGUACUGCUGGGUAUGUUACCCAUAUAUGGAUAAGCACGGUGGCGCUACAGACGCUGUCCAAGUUGCCCCACUUCCGUUUCCUGACGCUGAACAUCACGAACCGUCGCUUCACGCUGCGCCCCAUCGACUGGGACAUACUGCACGACUACUACCGCUGCCAGCUCAGGGUCGCUAUUAAUAUUAUCGGAGUGCCAUUCAGGAGAUUCGAUUCCAUCAUAGAUAACGUUCUCAUCGAAGGACUGAGACUUAUCUCGCUGAAAGUCAUGUUCUGCAAAUCUCUAUACACGCCGAUGUUGUCGCACGUAUCGCGACUGUUCCAGACGACGCUAGUGGAAGUGCUGUGGGUGGACACGCCGUACGACUCCACCGACCCCUACCACCGCAUCGUGCGACCGAUGCGACAGCCGCAGGUAAUACAUUUGUUCUAUCAACGUUACACUCGCAUGUUGUCGCACGUAUCGCGACUGUUCCAGACGACGCUAGUGGAAGUGCUGUGGGUGGACACGCCGUACGACUCCACCGACCCCUACCACCGCAUCGUGCGACCGAUGCGACAGCCGCAGCCCGACACAUACACGCACGUAAAUCCUUUCGUGCUGUUGUGCUGGCAGUGCAUGCAUCUACAGAGACUCGUUAUACAUGGCUACUGGAUAUGGCAGUACGACGUGCUAGGCUUUGUCCGACUGCGCAAAGGGCUGAUACACCUCGAGAUCUCCGCCAUAUACAGCCAACAGGACACCUUCAAUAGCUCCGUGCUCAUGAGCGAGGAGGGAACUGUCCGGGUGCUGUGUGGAGACGAGCCGCCUGAAGUCGACCCGGAGUAUGUGCAAGAAGUAAACGAGUACACGGACUUCAAGUGGAAGCCGGUGUCGUGGCAGCGCCUGCACCCCGCGCUGCGGCCGCGCAGCACGGCGCAGCAGCGCCUCGACUACAUCGUCAGCGAGGCCAAGAUACCGCUCGGGGUGGCGUGAGUCAUGUCUUGUUGUUAUCUGUACUAUAUACAAGUGCACGAGGACACCGACUUCAAGUGGAAGCCGGUGUCGUGGCAGCGCCUGCACCCCGCGCUGCGGCCGCGCAGCACGGCGCAGCAGCGCCUCGACUACAUCGUCAGCGAGGCCAAGAUACCGCUCGGGGUGGCGUGAGUCAUGUCUUGUUGUUAUCUGUACUAUAUACAAGUGCACGAGGACACCGACUUCAAGUGGAAGCCGGUGUCGUGGCAGCGCCUGCACCCCGCGCUGCGGCCGCGCAGCACGGCGCAGCAGCGCCUCGACUACAUCGUCAGCGAGGCCAAGAUACCGCUCGGGGUGGCGUGAGUCAUGUCUUGUUGUUAUCUGUACUAUAUACAAGUGCACGAGGACACCGACUUCAAGUGGAAGCCGGUGUCGU